AUGACGUCUAUUGUGACCAUAGCAAGACUCGUAUGCAAGGACACACAGACCCGGCAAAAAGCUAUCGAAGCCUUUCAGAAGAUCAUCGACUACACAACGUCAAACGAGCCCGAGGUAUUGCAAUAUGUGUGCGCUCUACCAUACGAUGAUCAGGCAGAAAAUGAGAUAUACAUGAUCGAAGAAUACGCAAACCAAGCGGCAAAUGAUGCACAUAUGGCUGCCAAACCCGUACUAGACCUCAUUCAACUAUUCGGUACUGGAGAAGUUCUUGCUCAGCCCCCUGAAGUGCACAAUCGUCCUGUUGUGAAUAAGAAGAUGCUAGGUUCAACGUUGUCCAAUUCUUCAACCCCUGUUAUUGCUCUGCUGAACGUUACUCCGAAGCCUAACCAAUCCGUAACGCCAAAAAGAGACUGCGAGAGCGUCUUCGAGAAAGCUGUGAGUAAUGUAAAGGGACUUGACGCAAUUCUGGUGUCGGAAGAUAAAGAGGGGAAGAGUAUGCGCAUAGAGGGCGUACUGCAAGAUGAUGACGCAUUCACAGAACUCCAAAGAGUGGUCGCGGGAAACAAGACGGAGACGGUUGAAAUGGUCAGAAUAAGGCCAGUUUGUGGUUUUGUAAGCCGUGAGGCGAAAAGCAAAUUGUAG